CUUGCUCUUUCUGCAUUUGCCCAGUCAAGGGUAUCUCUGCCUGAGUUCGGAGGGAGCGAUGCUGUGAGCCCUGGUGAUAUGAUGGCAUAGCAACACAGAACGGCUGGGAAAGGGGAGGAGGAGCAGGAGAAGGAGGGCAGGGAGGUGGGGGAGACGGAGGGAGAGUGUGCACACAGCAGCUGUCGGCAUCCCUGUCUCAGGGACUUCUUUGCUGAUUCACAGAGGCAGCCCAGCCCCGGCCACCCAGCUCCCAGUUGCCGCCUGCUCCUCAGACUUGCCGGAAUCAGAAGGUAGGCCACAGAGAAAUGAUUUCCAAGCCUCGCCCUUUUUCAGCUGGUGCCUAUGUUCAAUGGUUGGUGCACUGCUCAUCCUCACCCCUCCAUGAGCCUUGAUUCUGAUGCAACCUAUGGUCAUGCAGGGAUGCCCUUACACCCUCCCACGAUGUCAUGAAUGGCGGGCAGCUGACCUCUUCCAUCACAGCAGCAGCCUCAGAAGCACCUGCCCCCAGGUUAGAGCUGCUGCCGCCACCCCUGCGCCUCCUCAUGAUGGUGCUGGGGUGCCCUGCCUAAGUCCAAAGCUAUUCAACGGGUCUCUUGGUGCCGCCGGACCCCUGGAACCAUCAGCCAUGAAUCUGUGUUGGAAUGAAAUCAAAAAGAAGUCUCACAAUCUCCGAGCCCGCUUAGAGGCCUUCUCAGACCACAGUGGAAAGCUUCAGCUCCCUCUCCAAGAGAUUAUUGACUGGCUCAGCCAAAAAGAUGAGGAAUUGUCGGCUCAGCUUCCCCUCCAAGGGGAUGUGGUCCUGGUGCAACAGGAGAAGGAGACGCAUGCGGCCUUUAUGGAAGAUGUCAAGUCUCGGGGCCCCUAUAUCUACUCUGUGCUGGAGUCAGCUCAGGCCUUCCUGUCCCAGCACCCAUUUGAGGAAUUAGAGGAGCCACGUUCUGACAGCAAAGAUACGUCUCCCAGACAGCGGAUCCAGAAUCUUAGCCGCUUUGUGUGGAAGCAGGCAACGGUGGCCAGUGAACUAUGGGAGAAGCUGACAGCCCGCUGCGUGGACCAGCACCGUCACAUUGAGCGCACUCUGGAGCAGCUGUUGGAGAUCCAAGGGGCAAUGGAGGAAUUAAGCACGACUCUGACCCAGGCUGAGGGAGUCCGAGCCACUUGGGAGCCCAUUGGGGAUCUCUUCAUUGAUUCACUCCCAGAGCACAUCCAGGCUCUUAAGCUCUUCAAAGAAGAAUUCUCCCCCAUGAAAGAUGGAGUGAAGUUGGUAAAUGAUCUGGCCCAUCAACUUGCCAUUUCUGAUGUACACUUGUCGAUGGAGAAUUCCCGGGCCCUGGAGCAGAUCAACAUCCGGUGGAAACAGCUCCAGGUGUCAGUUGGCGAGAGGCUUAAGCAGCUCCAGGAUGCCCACCGGGACUUUGGACCUGGGUCACAGCACUUCCUCUCCUCCUCUGUUCAGGUUCCCUGGGAAAGAGCGAUUUCACCCAAUAAAGUUCCCUACUACAUCAACCACCAGGCUCAGACCACAUGUUGGGACCAUCCCAAGAUGACUGAGUUAUACCAAACCCUAGCUGAUCUGAACAACAUUAAGUUCUCAGCUUACCGCACUGCCAUGAAGCUACGCAGAGUCCAGAAGGCACUGCGUCUGGACCUGGUUACCUUAACCACAGCCCUGGAGAUCUUCAAUGAGCAUGAUCUGCAGGCCAGUGAGCAUGUGAUGGAUGUGGUGGAGGUCAUUCACUGCCUGACUGCCUUAUAUGAAAGGCUGGAGGAGGAAAGAGGCAUUUUGGUCAACGUGCCGCUCUGUGUGGACAUGAGCCUCAACUGGCUCCUCAAUGUUUUUGAUAGUGGUCGCAGUGGAAAGAUGCGGGCAUUGUCCUUUAAGACUGGCAUUGCAUGCCUGUGUGGCACAGAAGUGAAAGAAAAACUGCAGUACCUCUUCAGCCAAGUGGCCAACUCAGGCAGCCAGUGUGACCAACGCCACCUCGGUGUCCUGCUUCAUGAGGCCAUUCAGGUGCCCCGUCAGCUGGGGGAAGUGGCAGCCUUUGGGGGCAGCAAUGUGGAGCCCAGCGUUCGUAGUUGCUUCCGCUUUAGCACUGGGAAGCCAGUCAUUGAAGCUUCAGAGUUCCUGGAGUGGGUCAACUUGGAGCCCCAGUCCAUGGUGUGGCUGGCUGUUCUGCAUCGGGUCACCAUCGCUGAGCAAGUGAAGCACCAGACCAAGUGCUCUAUCUGUAGGCAGUGCCCCAUCAAGGGCUUCAGGUACCGGAGUCUGAAACAAUUUAAUGUGGACAUCUGCCAGACCUGCUUCUUGACAGGCAGGGCCAGCAAGGGCAACAAGCUGCACUACCCCAUCAUGGAGUAUUACACCCCGACCACAUCCAGUGAGAACAUGAGGGACUUUGCCACUACCUUAAAGAACAAAUUCCGCUCAAAGCAUUAUUUCAGCAAACACCCUCAGAGAGGUUAUCUGCCUGUGCAAUCAGUGCUAGAGGCCGACUACAGUGAGACGCCGGCUUCUUCCCCGAUGUUGCCACAUGCUGACACACAUUCCCGCAUUGAGCAUUUUGCUAGCAGGCUUGCUGAGAUGGAAAGUCAAAAUUGCUCCUUCUUUAAUGACAGCCUAUCCCCAGAUGACAGCAUAGACGAGGACCAGUACCUGCUGCGGCACUCCAGCCCCAUUACAGACCGGGAACCAGGUUUUGGACAGCAGGUUCCGUGCAGCAUGGCCACAGAAAACAAGGGGGAGCUUGAGAAGAUCCUGGCCCACUUAGAGGAUGAGAACCGGAUUCUCCAGGGAGAGCUGAGGCGCCUGAAGUGGCAGCAUGAGGAGGCUGCCGAGGCACCCCACUUGACGGAGGGCUCUAGUGACGUGGCACAGGACCACCGCAACGAGGAGCUGCUGGCUGAGGCCCGGAUCCUUCGGCAGCACAAGAGCCGCCUGGAGACACGCAUGCAGAUCCUUGAAGACCACAACAAGCAGCUAGAGUCCCAGCUGCAGCGCUUAAGGGAGCUGCUCCUGCAGCCACCUACCGAAUCAGAUGGCAAUGGCUCUGCAGGCUCGUCCCUGGCUUCCUCGCCACAGCAGUCAGAAGGCAGUCACCCCCAGGAGAAGGGACAGACUACUCCAGACACUGAGGCUGCAGAUGAUGUGGGGUCAAAGAGCCAAGAUGUCAGUCUGUGCUUGGAGGAUAUCAUGGAGAAGCUCCGCCAUGCCUUCCCCAGUGUGCGAAGUUCUGACGUGACUGCCAACACUCUGCUGGCCUCUUGAUGGAGCCAGAUCCCCGUCCUGUAGUCUGGUCUUCUCCCAUUUCUGGUCAAAGCCUUCCCUCAGCCUUCACCCAACCUUUCCGGUCCCCACUGGCCCCACAUUCCUCAGCCAGAGUUAUUUGGGCUCCAGGCAGCAGGAGGGAUUUGGUGAUAUGUGAGGUGGGAGUGUGGGGGCCAGGGGAGGGAGAGGCAUCAUUUCUCUGACUCUAGAAAUGAGCCCUUUAAUCUUCAAGUUUGAGAUCAGUCCCUUAAGUAUGCUUCUGUUGCAGCCCAGGUUAAUGUCAUUUGGAGGCCAUUCAGAUGGGGAGGAGAGAAGCUGCCUUGCGGAGUGAAGCAGUUCCCAUUGGCUCCUUUCCAUUCUCCAUGGAAUCAUGGAGAUGGGGGAGCCUAAUGACCCCAGGGCUCCAGCACUAUGAAUACACAGGAGUUAGCCCUACUCUGCAGCCCCCAGCUCAGGGAGGCAAAAGGGUAUCCUGAUGACACUCCCGCCCCAAAAGUGCCCCAGAAAAAGUCUGGGCAACAUGUGUCAUGUUACUUCAGUUCAAGGGCAUAGCUCUAGUCAUCCUGAUGCUACCUAGAUGUUGUUUCCUCCUGAAAUAUCUUCAGUUCCUUCUGUCUCAGUCCCUGACGGACCUUUCUUAAGGGGGGAACAGUUCAUUCAGGUUCUUACUUUCUCCAUAAAUUGAGAAACAUUAAAGAAAUACUUAUGGGCUUAGAUAUUUCCCUCAGAUCCUCCUCUUUCCUGAAAGCCUCAGCAUCCUAAGAGACCAGCUGAGUUGCUCUGGGAACCCAGCUGAAGCCACUCUUGGCUCUUCCGGGUUGACCCUCACAGCCCUGGGGGAGGGGCGGCAGCUGCUCAGCAAGGGGGUCUUCUCCUGGGGCGAGGAAGGGGAAGUCACCCUCUAGACUGGAGGCAUGUGACUGCCCAACACCCUUGCAGACUGUGACCCUUCUUUCUUGUAGGCUGAAUCCGAUGAGGUGGCUGAUGGCCCCCAAUUAAGCAUAAGGCAGAUACAACAGGCCACCCUGAAGAGUGGCCCUUUCUUAGGAGCCACUGGCCACAGAUCAGGAAGUUGGCCACUUUCCAUGCAGACAACAGCAAGGCCUUCCUUUACAUAAAACUAUUCUAACCCUGGAAGGUGAACCCAGUCCUCAAACCGAGCUAACUAUUCCUAGGCAACAUAUGCCAUGAUCCCAGAACCUGUUCAGAGCAGAUAGCAGGGGGUACGGGGAGUGAGCUUGGGAACUCUGAACAGAGUCAGAGCCCACUUAGAAAGCUUUUUAUCAUAAGGAGCUUUAUAACUUAGAACCUUGCAAUUGACUGAAUAUGCCUAAGUUUAUAUACAUACAUACCUACCCUACAUAUCUACUGUACAUCAGCACUCUCCUGGCCUCACUCACACAUUAAAUUCUAAUACCUCUUGAAGCAUUAAUGUUCUGCCUUGCUCUUUGUUAGCCCCAGCCUCUGGUUGGACAGGUAGAUGCAUCCCGGCUGCUCCCCUGGGAUGUCUCUCCAUUCAUUUUGGAGGUGAGCUGUCCUCAAGACCAAAGCAGCAGAAGCCUGUGGCCAUAGAGAAAUCUAACAGGAACAGUCACUCUGUUCUCUUCAUGCAUUCCAAAUCUUGUUCCCUUGAAACCUGGGCCUUGGGUGAAUUUUCCUGGGCUCCUCUAAACAAUGGUUCAGGGGCCAAAAUAGAGCAAACCUAAGCUCCACUCACCCUGUGCAGAAAGGGAGGAACACAGAGGCAUUUAUCAGCCUUUGCCAGGCUAAGACACAGAGUACAUCCCCUUGCUCCUUCUAGUUCCUAAGUCUGGCUCAGGGCCUUAAAGAAAGUAACACUUGCCACCAAGGUCAGGAGGCAGUGAGAAAGCUGGAGGCUGUUUUAAUCAAGCAGAGGGCCGGUGGCUACAACUGCUGGGAAGCUCGAUUUAUCUACUGCAGGGGAGGGAAAGCAGUAGCUUGGGUCCAGAAGCCUAGGAUUGCCUCCUUCUAGAAUCACCAGGGGGCACUAAGCCACAGGUCCAGGAUGUCAGACUUCAACACGACAUCUGCCUUAGUGCUCAUGGGGGUCUCUGGGCCUGAGAACUGGCCAUGUGUGGUGAGCAGGUGGCAGGCGGGCAUCAAACACAGAGCCUUGGUGUCAGUGAGUGGGUUGGGGGCGAGCUCUAUUUGUGGGAGCCUAGAUUGUAGGCAGGACUAAGAAGAAAUUUGCUAUAGGACAGAGAGCUCAGGGUCUGUUAGGCGUAUGCCUGCCUAAGCCUUAAGAGGGCAGAUGUUAUGAAACCGUCUUACCAGGAAAGUUCUGGAAAAUCCUUUCCAUCAACCCUACUCCAUCCAGGAGUUCUUGGGCUGUCAAGGGCCUGUGGCACCUGCAGUGGGCCAUAGUAGAGAAGAUGCAGAUCUUGUUAUGUAGGAUUUGUGCUGUGGGUGGACCGAAACAGCAAGUCAAGAGUUGAAUUCUCGUGAAUGAGGUCACUGACUCUUUGUGGUCCUGUGUUUACCUUAAUGCCCAAGGUGAGUAUAUCACUCGAGGGUCCGAUGACAGUCACUGCAGCACGUGUGGGCAGUUGGCCUGCAGUGAGGUAAAUGGAUCUUUGGGCACUGUGAAUUCAAAUUAGGGUGGGAUUUACUGAGAUGUGUUGCAUAUUGUUAGGCAUCUGUCAUGUAUCGUGUCUCCUAGAGGUACUGUGUGUGGUGCUGUGUAGUUUGUGGCCCUGGACCAGAAGGGUGGUGAAGGGAGUUGCUGGGUAGGCAGCUUAAUGAAAACCUCUGAUUUGUGGGAUUAGCACCAGUGAUAAGGAAUGCAUUUGCUGAGGUUGUUGUCAAAUAGUAUCAGGCAACAGUUGGGAUUGAUAGGUGAUGUAUUCUUGACAGAAUCUGAUAGAGGCCAAAAAGCCGUUAUGAGGGUGCCUCUGCUCCUCGUGAGAGCAGAGUGGGGUCAGGGUGCCUGGGAAAUUAUUAAGGAAGGCUGACUGGCUGGAAGACAUCAGGCUGUUUGUUGUAUGGUUCCCUAGGGAGGGUCCUACCCAGGAGGAUAUGUGCCCUUCCCUCCAGAAUGGAAAAGCUGAGAUCAAGGCCCUCAAAGGCCCAUUUCCUUCAAGGCCCAAUGAUAUCUCCCUGUAGAGAAACCUGUGUGAGUUUGUUGUACUUUAAGAACGGGACUGGCAGGUCGUGGCAAUGAGAAAACGUGAGGCCCAGCAGAGGCCAAUCCUGGGAGCUGUUUUCCUUCCAGAUGGAUUGUAAGGACUACCCGUGCUGCCUGAGGUGUGGUUGGGAUCUGGGCUCUGUAUCCAGCUUCAGGUCAGAGCAUUCCCUGAACACACAUUCUCAAUGGCAGACUUAUGGCUUCUGAGACCAUUUCAGGCCACAACUCUCAUCAAAGUUCCCUUGACAUAGAUGACAGAUAACUAAGAAAGUAGCUGCUCUAAGACGAACAGUCCUGGAGGAGAAAGUGGGGGCCCUGCCUGGGGCUGUGGCAACUUAGCUGCUCAGCUGGGCCGCUCUAUCUCUGGGCCUUCCUGCCAAAAUCCGACCCUGGGAACAAAGGGAUACUUCAGCCCCUUCUUACUCUUUAAACACAAUGGCUGUGGGAGAGGGAAAAGCUCAAGGCCAGGGCUCAGCUCCCAACCUCCAUCUCCUCCCACAGCUGCCGCAUUUGGAGGGGCACGUACUGAAUGUCCUUGCUGUCCCCAGGGCAGUCUUGAAGCCAGACUGAAGCCUGAUUUGCUGCUUGCUGGCUGCCAAGGACUGACUGGUCACAAGGAUCGGGAAAGUGGCAAGAGUGGCACCCAAGUCUAGAAAAGUUUGGGACAAAGGAGCGGGGCUGGGAACAAAUUGGUUAACUUUGCCACUCACUGUGGUGCUUUCCCCCUUUCCCUUAAAUUCUGCUUUGAAAAGAAUAAAUUUGUAUUUGUUUACUUUAUUUCCUCUGGUUAUACUGAC